AUGAAGACCGCUGCUGGCCGCCAGCCGUCGGCGAGUGCAGGGCUGCAUGCCGCGCUUACGACGGAGGCCCCUCCUCCCGCGGAGCCGGCCGGCAUCGCCGCGCCGCGCGCGCCACUGGGAAGAGCGACGCUGACACUGCUCCAGAUGAUCGUGUCCUUCGUGUCGGCGCUAACACUGCUCUUGCUAGCGUCCCUCGUAAUGCUUGUAUUGGCCCUGCUCCUGACGCUCGUCUCCCUCGUGACGUUGGCGAUAUUGCCGCGGAUCAUGGCCAUCUUCGCGCGGCAUCGCCUGCUCUGGGCUUUCGGGCCGCUGGGGGCAUCAGAAGUGCACCUGGCGCAGACCCUGCUGAUCGCGCGCCUCCUGUUCGUUAACCUCGCGAGGCCAGUUGGCCAGAUGUCGCGUUCUGGGGAUUGUGCGAGCCAGCGCAGCGGGGGCGCGCGAGUCGGGCUGCGGUAG